AUGUCGUCAGAUGGGGACGCCAAAGAAGAAGAGAAUGAAACCAACACAAUAACAGAAUGGGAAGAGAGAAAGAGAGAAACAUGCCUGAGAUGGAAAACCAGAAGACGUGCCAUCUUAAGCAACCCAGAUCUUCUCUCAAAAACUCCAUGGGUCCGUCUUCUAGAAAACGACUUCUGGGGAACUCCACUGAGCGACAGCGGCUCUCACGGAUCAUACCGGCCCCUGUGCGUGCUAACGUUCCGUCUAAACUAUCUUCUGGGAGGUUUCCAACCAUGGGGCUACCACCUAGUCAACGUGCUCCUGCAUUGCCUGGCCACAGUUCUUCUCAUCCGAGUGGCCAGACUCAUUUUACCAAAAGCAAAAUCGUCAGUUGGCUCGAUGGUGACGGGCUUGGUAUUUGCGACCCAUCCCAUUCAUACUGAAGCUGUGGCAGGAGUAGUAGGUCGAGCGGAUUUAGCUGCGUGCAAUUUUUAUUUUUUAUCGUUACUGGCUUACGUUGCACAUGUUAGAUGUAGAGAUACACAGUAUUGUCACCGAUUCUGCAAGAAAAGUUCUGUGAUGAAGUCAGAUUCAAAGCAGUAUCAGAAAAUUGUAUACGCGUUACAUAAAAGUGUAACCAGCUGCAACUGGCCUAAAAGACAGUUAAGAGAUUUAGAAAAUACCGAACUCUCCUCUGUUAGUGUUGUUAUGAAGAAACGAGAUAAUGUCCGUUCUUGUUGUUGGAAAAAUAAUUUAAAACUGUGGAUUUAUUUGGUUUUGUGUUUGCUUUUAGCCAUCGCUGCUAUGUUGAGCAAGGAGACUGGAAUAACCGUACUGGGAAUUUGUUUUGUGUAUGAUUUGGUGUACUGCAUACCUAGCAGCAAGGUAAGAUUUCUAAAUAGUUUAUGUUAA